AUGAAAGAACAGCAUCGAACGAGCCUUAACGAAGGUAGGAAGAGGGACUUUGUGGCUGAUGGUGGUGGAGACGGAUUGAUAAUCAGCAGGAAGACCGGCAGAGUCGGAGAUGGAACAACCGACAGCGGUCAAAGAGUCAGCCAACAUCUUCAAUUGAGUGACAUAAUCAUUGAUUGUGGAAUCACCCUUCUUCAAGCUGUGGAAUUGCAGCUUCAGAUGGAGAAGCCGAGAGCCAAGUUGGUCAUGAAACAGCUUCUCGAUCAGCAGCAGCAAGCCAAAUUGAAAAACAGAACUGGAAGCAAGCAGAACAGGAAGCAAGCCGGAAGCAAUGCUGCAGCAACAGGAAGGAGCAGCAGUGCGCACGGCAAGGAAGAGAACUGUGGCGGCCGUGGAAGAAGAGAUCUGAAGCAGCGGCCAUGGAGGAAGAGCAGCGGCAGUGCGCACGGUGGAUCGAUGGCUCCUGGAUUAUACAAAGGUGAUGUUUUCAGUUUAAGUACUAAUUCUUGGGAACCAUUAGUUUUGGAACAUGAUGAUGAUUCUCACAGUAUGCAUGGAGAGCUCAAACACAUGGACUAUGUUGUUCAUGAUGGAAGUCUCUAUUGGCUAGCUACUUUUGAUGAUGAAGAUGGUGUAAUAUCUUACACCUUGUCUAAGCCUUUAAUUGUGAAACCUUGGGAUGUAGAGAAGGGUCUAAAGUAUAGUAAUGUUGAAAAAGCCCCUGUGUGGAUUAGGCUUUAUGGUCUUGAAUUGAAGUAUUGGCAUGAAAAUUCCAUGAGUAGAUUGGCUAGCUCAACUGGGGUUCCGUUGCAAGCUGAUGAAUAUACUGUGAGUAAAAGUAGAGUCCAAUAUGCACGUAUACUUGUUGAAAUGGAGAUUAGUGAAACUGUUCCGGAUAAAUCGGUGUUUGAAGAUGAGUGUGGCAUUUUGAAGGUGCAAAAAGUUGCCUAUGAGUGGAUACCAACCAAGUGUAACCAAUGUUUGGAGUAUGGGCAUGGGUCUGAAAAGUGUAGGAAGUUGGUUGGCAAGGUUGACACAAGGGUGAAAGAACCAGCACCUGUAUGGAGGAGAGUGGUGAAAGGGAAACACUCUAAUAUGAGUACUAGGACUGAGUGGGUUAGCACUGAUACAAACAAGGGCUCUGUUGCUAAUCCUUCAAUGAAGGAAAGAAAAAAAGAGUCCAAUGUGUUAGCAAACCAACUUAAUCUUAGUGGCUCUGAAUGUAGUGUGGUCAGGGAGAGAUGUUACCCUGUGAACCUGGAUGUCCCUAGUACUAAAGAGGUAGCUGUUAUGCAGUCUCUUCUUGGGAUAACUAAAAAAGCUACUAAUGCUCAGGUGGACAAGAGGUUUGCAGAGAAUAGGAUUGGGUUGAAAGAGAGGAUGAUGAUAAAUCCGAGACCAGGCUGUUCAGGGUACAAGAAUGUUUCAAGUCUGCCAGAAAUUGAAGAGACUCAAUUCCAGCUGAGGAAGUUAAAUAGAGCAGAGUAUGAUGAUAUUGUUGAGAAGGCCUUGAAAGAUCAGUGUCUAUUGAGCAAAAUGCAGAAAGAAUUGAGUGUGGAACCGUUAAAUGUUGAACUACAGGAGGAAGAAAGAGAAUUGUAUAAACAGUAUCUGGAAUCCAGUAAAGCAGCUAACGGUUUCCUCCAGCAAAAAGAAAAAGCGAAAUGCAUUACUGAAGGGGAUCAAAACAUGAGGUAUUUCCACUCUCUUUUGAGUACAAUGAAAAGUAACAUAUGGUCUGUCUAUAUAGAUGAUGGAGAGGAGAUCAAUGAUAGAACUGGAAUUGAGGAUCACUUUGUUCAGUUCUAA